AUGAAAGUAGCCAACUCAAUUAUCACUUCCCCCUUCCAUCUUUCUGAUUUUAAAAAAAAAAUUCUUUUCAUUAUCUUUUUCCCUUUUUCUCUGUUAAAAGUCCUCACUCUUUUUUUAUUUAUUUAUUUGCCCUUUCUUUCUUUUCUUUUUUUUGUAAUUUCUUUCUUUAAAUCUCUUUUCCUCCCCUUCCUCCCUCAACUAUCAUUUUUUCUUCUCCUUAUCCUUUUCUACUCCCUCAAUUAUCUCUCUCUCUCUCUUUCUGAUGUAAUACUAGUUUUGUUUUUUAUUUUCAUUCAUUAUUUUCUCUUUUAUCUUCAAUUACUAUUUCUUUCUUUCUUUCAUUUUUUGUCAGUUUCUGUUUAUCCCUCUCUUUUUGAUACCCACUCUCUAUUUUGUUUUAAUGAUUUUUUCUUUCUCUUUUUCUUACUAGAUUAUUUUAAUAUUUUCUCUUUCCGGUUUAUUUAUUUUAUAUUUCACUUCCACUACAUAUUCCAUUUUUUUCUUUUAAUUAUUUUUCUCUCUUUAUUCCUUCUCAAUCUUUUUCCUCUUAUUUUUUUUUUAAUCUGUAUUCAUUUUUUCCUCUUCUUCCUAUUUUAUCAUUUUGUUUCACUCACUUUUUAUUUCUCUCUUUCUCUCACACUUUUCCUUUCCCUUUCUUUUCUCCCUCUCCCCUUCCUCUUCCUUUCUCUCAUUCACACCCUCUAUUCUUUUUUUUUUUAUAGUUUCCCCUUUCUCUUUCUUCUUUAUGAGUUUUAA